AUGCCUUCCCUCGAAAACCCCACCUUUCAGAAUGAGGCUCGCUUGCUCCUCGUCUCCAAUCGGCUUCCAAUCACGAUCAAGCGAUCGGAUGACGGUCGCUAUGACUUCUCCAUGUCCUCCGGUGGCCUGGUCAGUGGACUAAGUGGCCUGUCCAAAUCCACAACCUUCCAAUGGUACGGCUGGCCCGGUUUGGAGGUCCCGGAGGGGGAGAUUCCCGUGGUGAAGGAACGCUUGAAGCAGGAGUAUAACGCCGUGCCAGUGUUCAUUGAUGACGAGCUGGCAGACCGUCACUACAAUGGCUUUUCUAACUCCAUUCUCUGGCCCCUCUUCCAUUACCAUCCCGGUGAGAUUACCUUUGACGAGUCCGCCUGGGAAGCAUACAAGGAGGCCAACCGUCUUUUCGCCAAAGCGGUUGCGAAGGAAGUUCAAGAUGGCGACUUGAUCUGGGUGCAUGAUUAUCACUUGAUGCUUCUCCCUGAGAUGCUGCGUGAGGAGAUCGGCGAUAGCAAGGAGAAUGUCAAGAUCGGCUUCUUCCUCCAUACGCCCUUCCCUAGCAGCGAGAUCUACAGAAUUCUCCCUGUCCGGAACGAGUUGUUGCUCGGUGUCUUGCAUUGCGACUUGAUUGGGUUCCAUACCUACGACUAUACUAGGCACUUUUUGAGUGCUUGCUCGCGACUCUUGGGCUUAACAACUACGCCUAAUGGGAUCGAAUUUCAGGGCAAGAUCAUUGCCUGCGGUGCCUUCCCUAUCGGUAUCGACCCGGAGAAGUUUGAAGAGGGGUUGAAGAAGGAGAAAGUCCAGAAACGCAUUGCGAUGCUGGAACAAAAGUUCCAGGGCGUGAAACUCAUGGUGGGUGUGGACCGCCUGGAUUACAUCAAAGGUGUCCCCCAGAAAUUACAUGCCCUUGAGGUGUUCCUUAGCGAUCAUCCGGAGUGGGUUGGCAAGGUUGUCCUGGUUCAGGUUGCUGUUCCUAGUCGACAAGAUGUGGAGGAAUACCAGAACUUGAGGGCUGUUGUGAAUGAGCUGGUGGGCCGGAUUAACGGCAAAUUUGGCACGGUUGAAUUCAUGCCUAUCCAUUUCCUGCACAAGUCUGUCAACUUUGACGAGCUAAUUGCCCUGUACGCGGUUUCUGACGCCUGCAUUGUUUCGUCAACCCGCGACGGGAUGAACCUCGUCGCCUAUGAGUACAUCGCCACUCAGAAAAAGCGUCAUGGUGUCUUGGUGCUUUCCGAGUUCGCGGGUGCUGCUCAGAGCCUUAACGGCAGUAUCAUCAUAAACCCCUGGAACACCGAAGAGCUGGCGGGUGCUUAUCAGGAAGCGGUAACCAUGAGCGACGAGCAGAGAGCCCUCAACUUCUCCAAGCUCGACAAAUAUGUCAAUAAAUAUACAAGUGCAUUCUGGGGCCAGUCCUUCGUGACAGAAUUGACUCGCAUAUCGGAGCAUUCGGCGGAGAAGUUCCAUGCUAAGAAGGCUUCUUUCAGCGACAACAACUCCGAGAACGGGGAACCUUCCAACGGUGUAGAGACUCCGGCCCAGGAGCAGGUGGCACAGUGA